UAUAACGGAGCAAGGAUGACAAAGACAAUAGGAUCCCGAGACUGGCGAUGGCAGGCUCUUUUGUGGCAUUUUUUCUUGUGGACUAUAGUGACUGCUCAGAUUCGUUACACCAUCCCAGAGGAGCUCAAUAAAGGUUCCGUGGUGGGAAAUUUGGCUAAAGAUCUGUCUUUGGGACUGUCUGAAAUAUUUGAGCGCAAGCUGCGUGUUGCCUCUGAGGCUGGUAAGCAGUAUUUCAGCGUGGAUGCGGGGAAGGGCGAGCUGCUGGUCAGUGACAGGAUAGACAGAGAGACAUUAUGCGGACAAAGCGCCACCUGCGUGCUGCCUCUACAAGUAGUGGUUGAAAACCCUUUGCGGUCGCAUCGAAUUGAAGUAGAAAUUAAGGAUAUUAACGACAAUUCCCCUCGUUUUCCAACGCAAGAAAUAAACCUUAAAAUACCAGAAUCCGUUGCAGUAGGUACACGUUUUCCUUUGGAGACUGCAGAUGAUCCUGAUGUUGUUGGUAAUUCUUUGAAAAGUUACACACUAAUCAAAAACGAAUAUUUUGGUUUAAAAUUUAAAAACGAAAAAAAUGGUAUAAGUGCCCCAGAAUUGAUAUUAGAAAAAUUAUUGGACCGGGAAAAUAUGUCCAUUCACAAGUUGCUUUUAACGGCGCUGGAUGGAGGUAACCCUGUAAAAUCCGGAACAUGUCAAAUUAUAAUCGAUGUGCUUGAUAUUAACGAUAAUGUUCCUAUUUUUGAUGAAAAGGAGUACAAAGUUUCCUUGAAGGAAAAUAGCACAAAGGGAACAUAUGUAUUGAAGGUAAAAGCUACGGAUAUUGAUCAUGGUUUUAACGGUGAAAUUAAAUAUUCUUUUGGCCCUCGUACUCCAGAAGCUGUUUUAUCAAUAUUUGACAUUGAUGAAAAAAAUGGGCAAAUAAUUUUAAAGGGUGAACUGGACUUUGAAAAAUCCCCGUCUUAUCUGAUUGAUUUAAUUGCAAAGGACAAAGGCGUACCCGAAAUGGAAGGGCACUGUCGACUGCAGCUUAAUAUAGAAGACAUAAAUGAUAAUGCUCCCGAAAUUGUUCUCACUUCUAAACCCAGUCCUGUGCAAGAAGAUGCGCCAUCUGGCACAGUGGUGGCUCUGAUUAGUGUGAAAGACGUUGACUCUGGCAAUAAUAGUAAAGUAACUUUACAUCUUAAUAAGGGUUCACCUUUCUCCCUCAAGCCAUCUUUCUCCAAAAAUUAUGAAGUUGUCACAAGUGGCGCUUUAGACCGAGAGAGUGUGUCUGUGUACAACAUAGAAAUUACAGCCACUGAUGCAGGCUCUCCUCCUCUCUCAAAUAAGAAAAUGAUCGCUGUAAGCAUCACUGAUGUUAAUGACAACCCUCCUCAAUUCUCUCAGAGCUCGUAUAAUGUUUAUUUAAAAGAGAACGGAGUAGCAGGCUCUAUAUUGUACUCGGUGUCUGCAAGUGACCCGGAUGCCGGCGCAAACGCCAAAGUAUCUUAUUCUAUCGUGGACUCUAAAGUGCACGACGUGUCCGUGUCGUCGUACGUUUACGUGAACUCCGAGAACGGCAGCAUCUACAGCAUGCAUUCGUUCGACUACGAGAAAGUCAAAGUGUUUCAAAUUGUGGUUGAGGCAAAGGACCAGGGCUCGCCUUCGCUCAGCAGUAGCACCACCGUCCAUGUUUUCAUCCUGGACCAGAACGACAACGCCCCCGCCGUCAUAUACCCCUCCCCUCACGCCGCCUCCCACCUGAGGGUGCCCCGCUCGGCCAAGUCGGGCCACCUGCUCACCAAGUUGACGGCCGUGGACGCCGACUCGGGCCACAACGCGUGGGUCUCGUACAAAGUGGCGGAGGCCACGGACACCUCUCUGUUCAUGCUCAAUUUGUACACGGGGGAGGUGAGGACUAAGCGCGCCGUGUCCGAGCAUGAUGACUCUUCUCAGAGGCUGAUCAUAGAGGUGAAGGACGACGGGGAACCGGCCCAGUCGGCCACCGUCACGCUGUCUAUCCUGCUGGAGGACGGCGUGAGUGAGCCCGUCUCGGAGCUGAGACACAAGGCGCCCGAUCCCGGCAAGAAAGGCGGCACAAUCACGCUGUAUCUGAUUGUGUCUCUGGCCUCGGUGUCUGUGCUGUCUCUGCUCACUUUGCUUGUCUUGGCCGUCAAAUGCAUGCGGAGCAGCGCGAGCGGCGCUACUUGCUGCAUGAGGCGGACAAGCUCCGACGAGCACAAGAAGCCCAACAGAAAUCUCCAAAUUCAGCUCAACACUGAUGGACCUAUCAAGUACGUGGAGGUUCUGGGAGGUGACGUCAUGUCUCAGAGUCACUCCUUCAGGUCGUGCAUGUCUCCCAUGUCGGAGUACAGUGAUUUCACUUUGGUCAAGCCCAGCAGCACCACUGACUUUAAAGAGGUUAUCAGUGUCCUGGACGCCUCUUUACCUGACAGUACCUGGACCUUUGAGAGCCAGCAGGUGAGGAGAAUUAUAACGCGCUUUCCAAAAAAAGAAUAAUUUUCAACGUCAAAGCUCAAAAUAGGAAGAACCUAUACU